CAGCGAACCGGCGCUGCCCGCGCCCGCAGCCGGCUCGGCGCUGACGCGGGGGGGUUUCACCCCUGAGUCAGCAGAGGCGCGCCCGCCCGUUCUUUCGCCCGCCGUGUGAGGCUUGGGGAUGCGGCUGCUCGGCGGAGGCGCCGGGCGGGCGUGAGCCGCGGGCUCCGCGGGGACACACGCCCGAGCAGCGUCCCGCGGUGCCCUCGCCGUGACACGGCCGCCAUGCCCGCCGGGCGCUGCCCCGCGCCGGCCCCGGCACGGCGCUGAGCCGCGCAGCCUUCUGUUGAGUCUUCAAGCCCAGGAGGUUCUGCAGCCUCUGAUGACCAUGAGUUUGACCCAUCUGCUGACAUGCUGGUGCACGACUUCGACGACGAGCGCACCUUAGAAGAGGAGGAGAUGAUGGAAGGAGAAACCAACUUCAGGUCUGAAAUUGAGGAUCUCAACAGGGAGAGUGACAUGCCCAUCCAGGAGCUGCUGAGCCGCUACGGCUACGAUGGCACCGUGCCCCUGCAGGAGGAGGAGGAGGAGGAGGAGGAAGAGGAGGAGGAGGAGGAGGGAGAAGAUGAUGAUGAUGUCGAUAACGAUGACAACAGCGGCUGCAGUGGGGAAAACAAGGAGGAGACCAUCAAGGAUUCCUCAGGGCAGGAAGAUGAGACCCAAUCCUCCAACGAUGACCCAGCCCCAUCUGUUGCCUCUCAAGACCCCCAGGAGAUCAUUCGCCCUCGGCGCUGUAAAUAUUUUGAUACCAAUAGCGAAAUAGAGGAGGAAUCUGAAGAGGAUGAAGAUUACAUCCCCUCAGAAGACUGGAAAAAGGAAAUCAUGGUGGGCUCUAUGUUCCAAGCUGAAAUUCCAGCUGGCACCUGCAAAUACAAAGAAAAUGAAAAAGUGUAUGAAAAUGAUGACCAGCUGCUCUGGAAUCCAGACUUUCUACCAGAGGAUAAAGUGAUAGAAUUCCUCAAGGAAGCCUCGAGGCGCACGGGAGAGGAGAAGGGCCUGGAUGCAAUUCCUGAGGGCUCCCACAUUAAAGACAAUGAGCAGGCCCUCUACGAGCUGGUGAAGUGCAAUUUUGACCCCGAGGAAUCCUUACGGAGGCUGAGAUUUAAUGUCAAAGCAGCCAGAGAAGAAUUAUCUGUUUGGACAGAAGAGGAAUGCAGGAACUUCGAGCAAGGGCUGAAAGUCUAUGGCAAGGAUUUCCACGUGAUUCAGGCAAAUAAGGUGCGGACCCGCUCCGUGGGGGAAUGUGUGGCUUUUUACUACAUGUGGAAAAAGUCGGAGCGUUACGAUUUCUUCGCUCAGCAGACCCGCUUUGGGAAGAAAAAAUACAACCUGCACCCUGGGGUCACGGAUUACAUGGACCGCCUCCUGGACGAGAGCGAGAGCGCUGCCUCCAGCCGGGCGCCGUCGCCGCCGCCCACGGCCUCCAACAGCAGCGCCAGCCAGUCCGAGAGGGACGAGUGCGCCUCGGGCAGUGCCCACAACGGUGUCUCUGCCAACGGCCCAGGGGAGGUGCCAGGGAAGGAGGAGGCCAGGCUGGAGGGGCUGCACGCCAAUGGACCCUGCAGCGGGAAGAAAACGCCUCACACGGAGCUGGACACCAACGGCUACGAAGCCGAGAACCUCCCCAGCGAGGCCAAACUUGCUCAUUCGGCCUCAAGGAACGAGCCUGAGCUGGAAGAGAAGAGUGAGAGACCUCUGAAAAGAAGGAGAAUGAACAGCAAUGGGAAGGAGAGCCCGGGUGCUUCAGAGUUCUUCCAGGAAACCAACUCCCACGGGAAGCUGGAGGAGCUGGAAACUUUGGAUGACUGAGUGCUGGGAGCUGAUUUUAUUCCUUGGAGUAAAUUCUGGGUGUCUACAAUUUUCAGGGUUGAUGGGUUACCUUCCAAAGUCCGGUUCCAUAAACAAUCUGAGAUUUUUCUUUGUUUCCUGAGACCUUCUAAAGAUCCGAUGAUUUGGUUUUCUUCAGUGCUGAAAAGCAGCAGGAAAAUAUUGAAUUUCUCAGAGCUGGCAGCUGCGGUUCUGGGAUAAAAGGCUCUUAAAUAUUUAAGGAACAAAGCAGUGAGUUGCUGCAAAAAUAUUCCCAGCCUAAUACAUUAAAGAAUCUGUUAAUACAGCAUUUAAUGUAUAAGACAGCAUUUAAUCAGUGUACAAGUGAACAAAGCAUAUGGGGCUUUGCAGGAAGUUAAAAUAAAACAGGAAAAGCCAAGACAGAGCAGGCACAGAGACUUCCACUCCUGCUGGAGAGAGGAAAAUGCCAUCCCAUCAUUAAGGAACCCUCAUGAAUCCUGAAAGUUAUGAGCACAACUAUUUUUAUAUAUAGAAGUUUUAAAAGGUAAAUAAAUAAACCAGGUCAGGUUUGUCUAUGUAAAAUUGUUGACAUCAAUGAUGUCUUUCCAUAUUCUUUAUCUGGGCUAAAGAAAUACAUUCUGUAUUUUUCCAGAUUUCUUUGUAGCCUUUGAAAGAUUUUUACAGUACUUAUGUCUUGAUUGAACUGUCCUUUCUUAAAACAAAAGCUUGUAUAAUUUUCUUACCUUGUACAGUUGGUAAACUUUUAUGAGAGAGUUGAUACCCUGAGUCUAAUGUCAGCUUCCUUUUAUUUUGCUGAAGUCUUUUCUAAAAAAAAAAAAACCAAACCAAACCAAACCAAACCAAUGGAGUUAAAAAUUAAUCACCAAUGUGUUAAUUUUCUUCCCAGAAACUGGUAAAUAAUUAACAUAAGAAUAGUUAGGAGGCAUUUGAUUUUGGACAUUUGGGGUUUUUUUUACUUGUUUUAUGGCAAAUAAUGAUGUUUAAAUUUUUGUUAAGCAUGCUGCUUGCAUUGCACACAUUUCCUUGCUUUCUUUCUCCCUUUGUUUGGACCUCAGAGAAAUUUCACAGCAGUCAAAUUGUCGAGUUUGCUGAACCUUCUUCAGGUUCAGCUGCUCCAUCGUGCCCUGGUUUAUUUGCUGUGCCCUGCCAGGUUUCGGGGAGCACAGCAGGGGCUGGGCUGGCUGGAAAUGCAGCUGGGAGCUCAAAAAUCAGAAAAUCCCUGGAGAAGGGAGAGCAGGAAUUUCACAUUGAGCUGGGGAGAACCCCAGUGUGAAAACCAAAAAUUCCUCAUAAGGAAAUGGGAAUAGGGUGAUGCUCACCCUGCCAGCAGCACCUCUGGAAAGCUGUGGGUGUAGGAUUUACAUCCAGCAAUCAGGAAUAUUUGAAAUCCCAGUUCAUUUUGGUUUUGUUUGGUUGUUUUCUUCAGCCCAGCUCCACUUGUGCCGUGUUAAAAUCCGGGAUCGUUGUUAAUUUGAUCACUGCUAACCCUGGUCCUCCUCCUCCUCCCAGGUGUGCUGUUCAUCCUUCACUGCUUGUUUUCUCUGCAGGUUUUUUUCUCUUUGUGGUUCCAGCUGAACUCAAUGGUUUGAAAUGGAUGUUUCAACCCAAACUCCACUGCUCAGGGCUUGGGCUGAUUUGGUUUCUCCUCCACUGAACUUUCCUUGGACUUUGUGAUCAGGAAUGAGCCAAGCCUCGGGAUGAGGAUGGGUUGUGGAUGCAGAACCCUGGGGAAUGAUCAGCUCUGCCUGCCAGCCCUGCUCCUGGAGAGCCUCGGGGUGAGGCUCAUUCAUUACGGCCUGUGUUAAUUAAGGAGUGCAGUGAUUAAUGCCUGAGGCAGAGGUUGCUGGUAACUCUCCCCUCUGGUUAUGAGCAGAACCUCAAAGACGGUUCCACACAAGCAGAAUCCUAUUUUCAGUUUUAUUUUGAUGUUCUUUGUUUUCGGUUGCAAGUUGGAAAUACUUCCAAAAAUCCAUAGGAAAGUUUCCAAAGGAAUUGUCUCAGGCUCGUGUGUGAAAUCCAGCACUGUGUACAUUUUCAGGAACGUUGCUUUGUUUUUUAUCUUUCCUUUUUUUUUUUUUUGGUGAUACUUAGAAGAGACCUGACAUUCCAUAAUCCACUAUGUAAUGCUCAGCUAGACUUUAAGAAUAUAAGAAUAUUUAAUUCUAAUUUACCUUUUGUUUAUGCUGGUGUUUUAUACAAUACUUUGUUCAUGUUUCAAACUGCAGCCACUGUAACUCGAUAAGUCAUUGCACUACUACUAAAGCUAUUGAAAAUCCUGGAAAUCUAACUUUGCUUUCAUUUUCCAAGCCUUCUGUACAGGUGGGAACCCAGUCCAGCAGGAAAUCCUUGGGUUUCCCAAAGGGUUCAGUGUGCUACAAAAUCCCCCCCCACACAAACCCUACAGAUGAGGUUGAGACAUUUUUUCCACACAGUAUUUUGCACUGUCAGUAAUUCCCUCCUCUUACUCCCCUUCCCCGUCUGCAAUUCUGGAAAAGCUUAUUAAAAUAUUUUUAAACUUAC